UUCAUUUUCAGACAAAGAAAAUGUUUUCUCAUCUUAACACAUUUCAACCCUUUUUCAACCGCUGAUAUUCUUCCUCUUUUUCACCACCACCGUUCGAUUUUUCUGAGGUUCAUAAUCUACUGUAAUUACUGCAAGUUUUCAUCAAUCAUUUGCAGUUUAAGGUUUGGUUUGGUUCGGUUCAUUCAUCUACUUUGAUUAUUUUAAUAUUUGAUUGAUUGAUUAGUAGUUGUUGUUGUUGUUGUGAGUAGAAAAGUUAUAGUGAUUGAUAAGUGUUUGAUUUAAUGCAUGAAUGAAUGGAAGGUUUUGAUCAAAGAGGUGGUGGUGGUAGUAGUAAUCAAAAAAAUAUUCAUGCAUUUAGUUCUUCUUCCUUAGCUUCAUCAUCCACCAAACCCCCAAUUCAGUUGAAUUCUAUGCCUAUCAAUCAAAUUAAUCAAAUGGGUUUUCCUGAAAAUCAAAAAAGUUAUAGUAUUGGUAUACCACCUUCACACCCUAAUACCAAUACCACUUUAUCACCUAAACUUUCAUCAUCCCCUUAUUCCCAGUUUAUGUCUUCUCCACAAUCCCAAACCCAUUCUAGGUCUUUGUCUCAGCCCACUUUUCUCUCUCUAGAUUCCUUUUCGUUGCCUCCAUUGAGUCCUUCACUUUAUCCUUUGAGUCCAAACCCUUUUUCGGACUCGGGUUCGAAAGAUGUUUCUAUGGAGGAAAACUUGGCUGUCUCUCAUGCUCCUUCGCCUAACCGCGGUCAUGCUGUUCAGCAUGGGCAUUGUCUUCCACCUCGUAAAGGGCAUAGGCGAUCUAGCAGUGAUACGCCUUUAGGGAUCUCGGAAUUCGUUAACUCUGCUCCUCAGUUGGGGAGUGAUCGUAGGAAUUUGGUUUCUGGAGGGGAGAAAUUUGGUUCUGAGAAGCCGAUUCAGUUGGUGUUGAAGGAUAGGAACAGUCUUGAUGGAUUUGGAAGAGAGAGUUUUAAUGGGAGGAAGGAGGAUGAUGCGGCUGCAAUGGAUGAUUUGUUUAGUGCCUACAUGAAUUUGGAGAAUAUGAAUAAUAUGAGUUUUUCUGGUAUGGAAGAUAGCCGAACUAGUGGUUCGAAGACGGUUGAAAGCAGUGAUAAUGAAGUUGAGAGUCAUGUUAAAGGAAUCGGUUCUAAGGGUGCGAGUUCAAGCUGUUCGGAUGAGAGGAGGGAAGGAAUCAAGCGGAGUUCUAAUGGAGAUAUUGUAUCUGCUACUCGACAUAGGAGAAGUUUCUCAUUGGAUGGUUCCAUGGGAAAUUUUUAUAUUGAAGAUGGAUCGCCUAAGCUUCCUCCUUUACAAGGUCGAGCUGGUCGACACUCGCCUAGCAAUUCAAUGGACAGUAGUAAAACAGCAGAAAUUGGGAUGGAGUUUGGAAAGGGUGAGUUCAGCUCCGAGGAGAUGAAGAAAAUAAUGGAAAAUGAUAAACUUGCUGAAAUUGCCGUGUCUGAUCCCAAGCGUGCAAAGAGGAUUUUGGCCAAUCGUCUAUCAGCUGCUCGCUCUAAAGAGCGGAAGACGAAAUAUAUUUCUGAAUUGGAGCACAAGGUCCAAACUCUUCAGACAGAGACUACUACAUUGUCUACUCAGUAUACCAAAUUACAGAUGGAUUAUUCAGAGCUUAAAAAUGAGCAUAACGAGUACAAAUUGAGGCUUCAAUCCUUGGAACAACAAUCCCAACUGAAAGAUGCUCUGAACGAGACUUUGGAUGCUGAAGUCCGACGCUUAAGACGCACUGUGGCAGAUCUUGGCGGAGAGUCCCUCCUCUCUAGUCUCAUGACUCGGCAGCUAGUUAUUAACCAGCAGCAGAUGCUCCAGUCACAGCAACAGCAGCCAAACCAGCUUAGAAAUUUCCAACCGCAAAACAGCCAAUCUCAGGAAGAAACACAGACUCAGAUGCAGCAGAAUAUUCAACGCAAUCAUGAAUUCCAAACCCAGCAUCAGAAUGGCAAAACUACUGCAUAGUCUUUGCAGUAAAUGGUACAAAACCAAUCCAUGAUAUAUGGUUGCCCUUGAUUCAAACUCUUGCUAAAAUAUAUAUUUUUUUAUAUGUAGCUGAUGGCUUAUAAUCAGUUGUAUAUAAGCAGUGAACUACACCAGUUUGCCUAUUUAGGCCUGUUCAUUAUCUUUAGUCUUUAGUUUAAAAUAGUUUCCAUCUAAAUAAUUUAUUUUACCCAUGUUGAACUGGGAAUGUUUUUUCAUGUUGAACUGGGAAUGUUUUUUUUCAUGUUGGUAUACAACCUUUUGGUCA